CACUCAGGGAAAGCCGCUGAUCGGCCGCGACAACUGCAGUGUUGCCAAUGAAGAGACGGCGCGUGCGCAGUGCGGUCUGAAUGUUACAACUGCUCCAGAGGCGGAAAUUUCACCAUGAGUCUCAGAUUUGGGAGGUGAUGGCGAAGUCUCAGGGCUCCAUCCUGUACGGUGGCCACUCGUACCAGUCGGCCUCGAAGGCGCUGGAUGCGUACAUUGAGAACUUUGAUCGGAACCUGGGGUCCGGCUCGGUGGCGGACAGCAAAAAGCUUUACCUGGAGAGCCUUCCUGAGCAGCGUUCGCUACCAGCUGAUGAUGACCAGCAGUCAGUUUGGGGUGAGGACAGGUUUGCCAUCUGGCCCCUGAGCAGAAGGAUUGCCAGCGACCCUGACCUGGUCAGCCUGACCACCGAGGACCUGGUGGGGCUGCCCUCGGACGGCUCGCUGCCCCUCACCCACCGUGUCGCGCUCCAGUGCCGGGCGCGGAGUGGGCACUGCCGGACCCCCCACUCCCAUGGAGCCCAGGCACCCCGCUACCACAGAGGCAGUGCCCGCACCUUCCAAGCUGAGAAAUUCCCCUGGGACGCAGCAGGCCUCGGAGCAAUCCUGCAAAACACCCCUCGUGCCCCCCGGCUUGCCGACAGUCUGGGAGAGCAGCGACCAGCAGCCCCCGCCCGCCCUGACUAUCCCAGGUGGCUCACUAGCCCAGAUCCCGAUCUGGAUUUCUCCGGGAUCACUAGCGUUCCGGAGCUGACAUAUCCGAGCUGGCUCAGGGAAUGCGACCUGGAAUCUGACCCCUGGCAGGUCCAGCGCUCUGGCACAGCUCACUGCAAGCUGGGGAAUGGGAACUUUGCCGGCCGCUUCGGACCGGGAAGCCGGGAGAGAGACGCCGGGGAGAGGAUGCCGUUUCCCCUCGCACGCUUCGCCCACUCGGGCACGGAGGAGGUACCAGGGAGGUGCCGCGCUGAGCUGUUUAGAGAGGAGCAGAUUGAUGACCUGAUACAGAAGGCUGAGCGGGCAUUUGAGGCUUUGUCGCAAGGACCGACGGUCCCAGAGGGGAACGAUGGGAGCCCCCGGACAGAGGAAGUGCUGGAGGCCAACCGGUCAUGGGACAACCCGCCCGUCACCUUCAAGUCACCAGUACCAGUGGGCAACGCUGAAGACUGCAAGUCUGCUCUGAUUGACAGGUUCAUCCAGAGCUGUGACAGCUUUAACAGUCAGGAGGACAGAGGCCGUGGCUCGCGGCUAUGUGGGGGGAAUCACCCGGGGCCCAUUGAGGCUCUGAAGCAGAUGGUCUUCAGUUUACAGACUGUUCAGCAGAGCUUCGCUGAGGAGCCGGUGGGGGAGCAGGAGCAAGACCGACGGUUGCCGUUAGAAGUUGGAGGUGUGGAACAGAGCUCGGACUUUGAGACUGCCCCAGGCAACAAAUCACUGCAAAGGGCGUUCCAGCACCUGAAGCAUCUGACAAAGCUGGUGGAUGGAGCAGGAGCCGAGGAGAGAGGUAGCAGCGAAUGAGAGCACAGAGCGAGAAAGAGGAAGUGCUGUUUUAUUAACAUAUCAUAUCGUUUUGUAUCAAAUUUAUAAUAAAAGAAAAAAUGACCAA